GGCAGGGGCCGGCUGUGGCGGCGGCCCCACGUGUGGCGGCAGCGGCAUGGCGGAGCGGGUGGAGCGGGCGGCGGGCGGCGGCGGCGCCGCCGACCCCCGCGGGGUGCUGCGGCAGGGCCGCGCCUUCCUCGAUCUCUUCUGGGACAUCGCCAAGCCCGAGCAGGAGGUGCGGCUGGCGGCCACCGAGAACCUCCUGCGGCACCUGAGGGACGGCGGAAAGGACGAAGAGCUGAAGUACGCCCUCAAACGCCUGGUGGAAGGACUGGGAGCCACCCGCGAGGCCGCCCGGCCGGGCUUCAGCUUGGCCCUGGCGCAGGUUUUGCAGGCUUUUGAGGAAAUUCCAAUAUUUAGUGUCCUGGAACAGAUAAAAGAAAAACACAAUCUUGAAAAAGUGAAGAAGAAACUUGUGAGAAAUGCAGCUUUUGGAAACUUUUUUGGAGUUAUGGCUCUAUUUCAAUCCGGCCGGCUUGUUAAGGACCAGAAAGCUCUGCUGGAGAGUAUCCAGCUUCUCCAGCAGUUGGCACACCACCAAGCACACCUCAAAGAUCUCCCAAGCAAAACUAUUGUGGACAUCCUGUCAGAGGUUCCUGAAACCGUGUUUGAGGAGGUCCUGUUUGGUGUCCUGCAAGCUGACCUCACUUCAGCCUUCAAAUCUCCAGAGAACCUGCACCUUUUACUUGUGGGCAUACAGAAAUUCCCUGGUGUUCUGAAACCUAAAAAGCUGAAGAAGCUGUUUGGAUCACCUACAAUUGUAAAUGAGGAAAAUAUUCCCAAACUUGUAGAGCUUCUGCAAAGUGCUGCCAAGUCAGAGAAGAAGGACAAGAAAUUGCCCAGUGUAGGGUUUGAUUUGCUCCAAGUUUCAUUGAAGGAAGGUGCCUUUGAACUGUUCUGGAAAGAAGCUGUGGAGGACGGGCUAUUCAAGGAGAAAUCAGGACCUGUGAGUUACAUGUGCUACCGACUGCUGGGGAGCGCUCUGCCCUUGUUGUCCCUGGAUCAGCUACAGAUGGUUCUCAAAGGGAAGGUGAUGCAGCUCUACGGAGAACAUGUGGUAACAACUCAGCUUCCAGACCGAUUUAAAUUUGCUCCAGAGAUGGAAGCAUACGUAGAUGCAUUUCUGAACAGCUGUGAUGAUCCGGAGAGGCAGCUAGCAGUAAUGAUCGGCUUCUCUACUCUCACAAAUCAAGGCUAUCCAGUGGUGCCCAGCAUUUGGAGGGUAGUCAGACACCUGCAGCCAGUGGCAUUGCAGAAAUACAUUGACUGGCUCAAAGACAUGUUCCUUAGGCCAGACUUGGGCUGUUGUUUAGACUUCUCAACUAGCCGUCAGAAGCAGAACCCAGAAAAUGUAAACAAAACACAACAUAAGAUUGCUCGAUUAAGGAAGUGGAUCAUCCACCGACUUAUGAGCAUCAUUGAAAGUCCUGUGAAGAAAGAAGAGGACCUUGUGAUGGAUAUUUCCAGGUUUUGCUUCUUCCAUGCUUUCUUUGAGACUAAGAAAAAGACUUCCCAAAUACCGGAAACAAAUGCCCUUAUAUCAGAGCCCCUAGAUGAACAGGCUCACUCACUGGCAGCAAACUACUUCUUUGGGUUGCUUCAGACUUUAAACACUUUGAACGUUUUGGGGGAUACAGCAGAGGCUGCAGCCUUGAGGGAGAAGCACGUCCAUGGUGUAACUGCAGAUGGGAAGCUGUGGAUCUUCCUCCUUGUUGAGUAUGCCAACGAGCUGCUCUCCAGUGAGAAGUACGUCAAAGCUGUGAAGCCUUUUACCAAGGAACAGAGAGAUGCCUGGGAGAGAACACUUCAGUCUGUGAAGAACCUGCAGAAGAAGGAAAAUAAAGCAGAUAGCGCCAAAAUCUUUGCUUUUCAGCAAUUUCUGCUUCUAAUGGCCAUUCAUCUUUUCAAGAAUCCGUCUGAAACAAUGGAUCUUCUGAGUGACCUUCUGAACUGCACGGAGAGGGCAUUCAGCAAGGAACCAAAGAAGAAAAAGACUGAGAACACAGAGCCAGGAUGGGUUGAGGUGAUUGUGGAAAUCCUCCUCUCCCUCCUUGCCCAGCCCAGCCUGCUCAUACGUCGGAUCUCCAAGAGCGUGUUUGGACGCAUUUGCCCUAAUCUGACCAAGAACGGCCUGCAGCUGAUCUUGGAUGUUCUUGAUCCGUACCAAGAUCAGGAUGAAGAAAGUGCUGUUGUUGUGAUGGAAGAAUCAGACAAAAAGUUCAAGUCUGCUCAGGACACGGAUGAUGAAGAAAGUGAGGACUCCUCAGAUGAAGAUGACACUGAGGAAGAGAACGACAGCGGAGACGAGGAAAAGAAUGAAGAAGUUGAUGAAGAUUUUCGCAGUCAGCUGAUGAAUGUUCUCAAAGCACAGAAUGUAUUGGGAGAAGAUGAGAGUGACGAAGAUCUGGAUGAUGAGGCUAUGAUGGCCCUUGACAAGAACAUCUCGGCCCUCUUUGCGGAGCAGCAGAAACGGAUCCAGGCGAAGAAGGAUGAGAGAGACAGGAUUCGGAAAGAGAAGAUCCUGCGGAGGGAUUUCAAGAUUAAGGUGCUGGAUCUGAUUGAAGUGUUCCUGAGUAAGCAACCAGAGAACCCCCUGGUGUUUGACAUCAUUGAGCCUCUGCUUCAGGUGAUUGAACAGUGCAUGAGCUCGGACUCAGACAAACAGGAGGUUGAUUUCCUCCAGAAAACAGCUCAUAUCUUCACGAACUCAUUGUGCCGAGCCAAGCAGUACUGCAAGAGAGUGGAAGCCCUGCAAGAGGAUUUGCAUGCCUUUGUGGAGAGACUUGUGAAAAAAGCCUGCAAGCACACUGAUUCCUCAGUGGCUCUCUAUUAUUUCAGUGCCUCCUUGUACCUGCUCAAAGUGUUGAAAGGCAACGUGUCUGACAAGUCUCCAGCUCCUGUCUCUGUGCCAAAGAAGCAGAAGAACACCAUCCCACAGGCUUGUCAGGUUUUGAGCACUGGCUGCUUGGAUGUGGAGAGAGUGACUGCAAUAUACCAGCAGGCACUGACGCAAUUCCUGACUAAACGCAACAGCGCCCUUACGAGCUCCAUGUUUCUCGAUCUCUUCACCCGCUUCCCAAUCAUGUGUAAGCCAUUAGUAGACACUCUCGUCAAGUCUAUCACAGCGGGAGCCAGGCAACAUCAGCAGGCCCAGGCCUGUCUGCUUCUCCAGAAGGUUCUGCCGCUUCGUGAGCUGAAGCUCUCCAUGACCAAGGAGGAGUGGGAGGAAUUGAUCAGAGAGAGCAUCAGCCAAGUGACGGAGAGUUUGAAAAUGGUUGACGAGUUUAGGGUGAAGGUCGAGAAAGAGAAAGUUGCCAAGAGCUUGGAGCUGUUGAACUUCCUCCUCAAAACCGUGAUGCAGCAGAAGCUGCACGUGGAGCUGAUGGAGUUGGACAAAGUGCUGGUAGCUCUGAACCAGCAGGAAGGCAUCGGGAAGUCAGCACGCCUCGACUCUCUCUACUGGAAUGCCAUGCGAUGGCUGAAUCACACGAAGCCCAAGAAAGAGAAAACAGCCAAUAAACCCGCGCAGGGAGCGGAGCCACUUAAGCGGAAGAAGAAAGGCUUCCUCCCAGAGACCAAGAAACGCAAGAAUCGCAAGAAAGUCGUCCAGGAGAACGGAGUAGCACCAGGAGGUAAUGAAGAUGGAGAGCCAGCAGCCCCAGAGGAGCAAGCCCUGGGAACAGAAAGCCCUGAGCAAAAGCAAGGCCUCGUGGCUGGUAGCAAGAAACACAAGAAUCGGAACAGAGGGGUCAGGGAGAACGGGGUGGCAGCAGCGGGCAGCAAGGGUGGAGCUGUGAACGGUGGAGAUGCCAUCAUGGGCAAAAAGAAGAAGAAGAAGAGGAAUAGAAAAAGAAAAGGUGAUGCAGGUAAUGAAGCUGAGCAGGUUCCAGCUGCAAAGAAAGCCAAAGGGAGUGCCAGCCAGGAGACUCCGCAGAAGCAGGGCAAAGCCAAGAAGAAAAGGAAAGAGAAAAAAGCUCCAGCACUGCAGGAGUAAAACUUCAUGGACUCACCCAGGCCUGGCAUGGCUAAUGUGACUCAGAGGACUGUUUCAGCAUCUUUUAUAACUAUAUUUUUAUGCCCUCCUUGAAUUUAAAUAAAACUGCCAUAAUGCUGA